AUGCAACGCAUGCUCCUCCGUGCUUGGCCUUCGCGCGUACGUUGUCUUGCGACCAAGGCCGCACAUGAAUCGCUUCCUGUCUGUGGCCAGCCACUCCCUCAUACCCAUCCGCACCUAUUUCCUAAGGACUUUCGACGUGGCACGGACCCUGCCACAGGUGGCGACGUUGCUCUCGAUCACUUGACUCCAGGUAUCCCUGCAUCAGAGUACGAGCAGCGUCGUCAGUCAUUGAUGGAUCGGCUGCCCGAAAAUAGUGUUGUGGUGCUCAUGGGCGGACGAACCAAGUACAUGUCUCGGAAUAUCUUUUACAAGUUUCGUCAGGAGUCCAAUUUCUGGUACCUCACUGGUAUGCAGGAGCCAGAUGCUGCGCUUGUGCUGGAAAAGAACUCGAGUCAGCGUGGCUACAAAAUGACCAUGUUUGUGGAGCCAUGUCAAGCGCAUAAGGAGGUCUGGGAUGGCCCGACCUGUGGUUUAGAAGGCGCCGAGCGUAUUUUCGGUGCGAAUGAAGCGCUGUCCAAUGAUCCGGCCAUUAUGUUGCAGUACCUCAAGAGCAGCGUGAGUCGGUGUGAUCAUCUCUACGUGGACCUUCCCACCCAAGUCACGGUCCCGCGCCAGAGUCUUCGCUCGCCCCGCUUCAGCAUUCAUGAUUUCCUGGCACCCCCCUCCCCCACCGGUUUUGAUCUGUUUGUGCGCAAGACUGAUUUCGACAAUGUGGUGAAACUUUUGAGUGAUCGACGGAAUACGCAUUCGCUGCAGCGUGAGCUGGACCAGUUGCGCAGUCGCAAAAGUGAGAACGAAAUCAAAGUUAUGCGUCAGGCAGGCGCAAUUAGUGGCGAAGCGAUGACGCAGGUCAUGCGUGCCGCACGUCCAGGCUUGCCGGAAGCCGAGGCGCAGGCCGUGUUUGAAUACGAGUGCGCGCGUCGUGGAGCAGAGCGACAAGCGUACGUCCCUGUCUUUGCUUCUGGCCGCAAUGCGCUAAUGAUCCAUUAUGUACGAAACGACAACCUCAUGGGCCCCAAUGAUGUGAUGUCCGUUGACGCUGGGUGUGAAUUCCGUGGGUACGCCUCGGACAUUACACGAACGAUGCCUACGUCGCAGGAUGGCCGCUUCACCGGGCCGCAGCGCGACUUGUAUGAAGCGCUACUACGAACGCUCAAGGGAUGCACGCAAUUGGCCACAGCACGCCAGGGCUAUUCUCUAUCAGAGCUGCACCGCCGCAGCGUGGAAAUGCUAAGUGCAGAACUUCGUGAUUUGGGCUUCCAGCUGGGUUUUGGCACCGUGGAACGUGUGUUGUACCCUCACUACAUUGGGCAUUGGCUAGGUAUUGAUUUGCAUGAUACAAGCACGGUCGAGCGCUCUACACGGCUGCAAGAGGGCAUGGUGCUCACGAUCGAGCCUGGCCUGUAUGUCCCGGACGAGCCUGCGUAUCCCAAGGCCUUCCGUGGGCUGGGUAUGCGAGUCGAGGACGAUGUCGCUGUGGGGUACGCAGACAAUGUGGUGCUGAGUGCCGAAGCACCGAAAGAAGUAGCAGACAUCGAGGCUGUAUGUGGUGGUCGUAUAUAG